CGGUCAGAGGUACCCUCUCGAGAUCUCAACGGGGAUAUAGGUAAUUGAUCACGCUGAAUCCGAAUAUGCUAUUUUUAUUCACCGAACACCUACCCUUCAAAACCCCUCCGGGGUGAUAUGUCGAGUAGAGAACAUCGACAUUGCAAAUAUUUACUGCCGCCUUGUAUCAUCAGUGCAAUUUGCUUACUAUUCAAAUUUUGUUUCAUCGAUAGACUCUUUUUUUUUCGAAGGGUUUAAAGAAUAAUGCAUUGCAAAUUAUAUGUCAUGGUAUAGACGUGUAAGUCAAGCGACUAUCGCCACCAACUGGAGAAAAAAAAUACCCAUACACUUCUCAGUGUUUUUACGCGAUUAGUAAUCGAAGAACGCAACACAUGUUAGACUCCGAUUAAUACUUUCUUUUUCGGUGAGUAAGAAAACAUUUUCUUCGCGUAAAAGAACGAUAAAAAAGUAACUGUUCUCUUUCUCGAAUAAAAUGAUGGUAAUGGCUUGAUAUUUUGUUGUUUAUUUACGAACGCAAAAGAGAACGAUAUUUUGUCGCUUCAUAUCGCAAUAUUAUUUCCCUCUUUUGAUAGAGUAAUUUGAUAGGUUUCAAAUGUGUAGAGAAUGAUAAUAUAUAAUUUUAUUUAUUUUAGUAUAAUUCAAACAACCUCAGUUAUCAUUACUAAACUACAGUACUAUGCUAAAACACUCUAGUAAGAUACAUUGAUUACUGCUUUGAAAAAAAUAAUUUUUUUUAUUGUUUCUUUUCAAGGUAUUCCUUGUAAUGGCUGCAAUACAUUGGACAUUGGAAAUGCUUGUUAUGAAUGUCAAAUGUGUCCUAACUAUAAUUUGUGUCUAAGAUGUUUUAAUAAUAGGAAACAAACUUUAAAUCACUUAUCAUCACAUCCAAUGUUACCGAUUGAAUCACCAUCAACGGUUAAUUCCAAUCCGCUUGCUAAACAACAUAUAGAUCAGAUGGAUCGUCUUGGAUCAACAUAUUUAUCGAGCAUGUUGUCGAAAUUAUCGACGAAUGAUGAUGGAAUGAAAUUGACCCCACCAUCGACUAGAACGCUUGACAAAUUCUCCAUUGAUGAAUUGUAUGAAUAUUUACUUCGACUCGACCCAAAUUUAAAAUCAUUAGCAGAAAAAUUGAAAAGUGAACGUGUCACCGGAGCUGAUUUGGUCAAUUUUAAUGAAGAUGAUUACAAUAAGUGUUCAAUUACAUAUGGAGAAAAGAAAAAGCUUCAGUUUCUAGUCGAACAAAAACAACUCAAGGUGAAUUCUCAGUCAGUUGUAUCGACAUCUACCGUAUCUGAAUCAACACCGAUGCAAAAUGAAAUAACAAAUUUAAAAGAGAUCAUAAAAAAACAAGAACAAGAAAUUCAAGGGAAAAAUAGUGCUAUUCAGCAACUUGAAGAUAUCGUCGAAAAACAAGACCAGCAAACACGGUUGCAAGAGGCAAUAAUAAACCAGUUACAAGAGUCACUUGAAAAACAAACUGAAGAAAUGCGGGUGUUGAUAGAAUUGGUACAACAACAUCGUUCUAUUGUUCUAUCUCCAAGCAAUUCCUCUGAUAAAUAA